ACUUCUCUCCACCCUUGAGCGCCUGUUGAUAUGCAGAUAUACCAAAGCCAGUUGCCACUCUCGUCCAAGCCAUCAUCUUUCCUGCCUGGACAAUUGCAGUCACCACUUCUGAACCUAUUCAUCAGCUUGGAUUAUGCUAACAGAAAGAAGAAUGCCAGAAAAGGCCUGUUCAGCUGGGAGUGCUCUGAGCAUCACUGCCUGAGGAGCGGGAGCCUGCGGUGCGGGCCACAGCGCAGCUCUGUCCCCACAGAAUUAACACUGAAUCCUCCAGAAGGAAUUGUGGCAGGCCCCAUGAAUGAAGAGAAUUUUUUUGAAUGGGAAGCAUUGAUCAUGGGCCCAGAAGACACAUGUUUUGAGUUUGGUGUAUUUCCUGCCAUCCUGAGCUUCCCACUUGAUUACCCGUUAAGUCCACCAAAGAUGAGAUUUACCUGUGAGAUGUUCCAUCCCAACAUCUACCCUGAUGGGAGAGUCUGCAUUUCCAUCCUUCAUGCCCCAGGCGACGACCCCAUGGGCUAUGAGAGCAGUGCCGAGCGGUGGAGCCCAGUGCAGAGCGUGGAGAAGAUCCUCCUGUCGGUGGUGAGCAUGCUGGCAGGUGGCCUCUGGUGGGGGAGCUCACGGCCCGCAGCCCGCUGGACAUAUGCCCUCAAAGGGCCUGCGUCACCAUGAUGCUGCCCUGUGCCCAGCAUGAGGCCUCACACUGAGACCUGAGCCCAACGAUGAAAGCGGAGCUAACGUGGAUGCUUCCAAAAUGUGGCGGGAUGACCGGGAGCAGUUCUGUAGGAUUGCCAAGCAGAUUGUGCAGAAGUCCCUGGGGCUCUGAGGCUGCGCCCGUGUGUAUGCAGAUGGACCACCAAGUAGCUCCCAGUGCUGCUUCUCCGGGACACUUGGUGACAGAGACAGUCUGCGCUGGUACGAAAAAGGCAAAGCUUGCAGAGCCACAGCAUCUGUUCCCCACCUUUCCCUGUCCAGACAGGCUUCUCUGCUGGAGCGACGGCUUCUGCAGGAUGACAACAGCUGGGUGCCCUUUGAGAGUAUUCCUGGCGAGGCCGUCAUGCAGGCGGUUGGAGCCGUCACCACUACCUCUCCCAGCCAAAGCGCCCAUGCACCAGCGCUGAGUGGCUUCCCCUCCCUCCCAGAGCGUGAGGGGUACCUGCCAGGUUCCCAGGGCACGAUGGAAGGGGGCCUUGUCUCCACAGCAAGUGUGGGUUUUGCCUCUGCUUUAUAGGCAAGCGUUUUCCUUACAUUUCCUUUCUCAUUUGUUGUUUUACAAACUGUCAUACUUAGAAUCACUUUCAGAAAAUAAAUACUUUUUAAAAUGUGGGUGAAUGAAAAACGGGGUACAAAACAGGUUGCUGUUGGUUGUAAAGACCGUUUUCCUGACCGUGUUUAUCCCAGGCAGACGUUUGCGUCUCAGUCACCAGCGCAUUACUGGACAGGGACAUGGGAGACCAAGUAGUUGGAUCUCUUCUGGGUCUGGGGGUUUGUCUUCUCCCAUCUGAACUGGGGGCUCUGUGGCGUCCACUGUGGUGGCAGCAGAGCUUCAGCUGCUAGGACGGUUGUUCCUUGCGACACCAGGUGGAAGGAAAUCCCAUUAGCUGGGAGCACGCAGCGUGCCUUACCCCUGACGUGACCGGCGCUCCUGGGCGUGUGGCACGCGGGUCCCACGCCGCAGGGGGCAGAGCACUGACUGCGGCAUGCGACUUCGAUGUGUCCUGGAUGUUGCCCAGCAUGGGCCACUCAGCAGCAAUGUGCCAGGGGCACCACCAUAAGCAAUAACAGACCUGUCUCAGAUCAUUUGUUGGGCCUGUUUCAGACAGGCUAAAUAGGAAAUUUCUAUUUUUGAAAUAAGGGACAGUGUGCAAGACAUGCAGUGGAUUUCACUGAGCGUUGGCCUGUCCUCCCCUCAUGAGACAGCUCGUGGGAAGGAGGCCUCCCAUGUGAUUUGUUGGUGUUGACAAGGCCUGGCUGAAGGGGCUCCGUCUCUGGCAUCCGGAAACCUUCCCCGAGGGAAUCACUUAAACAUCCUGAUACAGUACAAGAAUGUGUAUUGGGGGGAUCAGGAAAGAGGUAUUGUUCCUGGAAGUAUUGCAGGCAUAUCAAAUGAGAGUGCUCUCACAAAGGGGAAGAGUGGUUUGUGGGGUGGCUGUGGUCCGUGGACAUGGAGUGUGGCCGCCAGAGCCAUGUCAGCAGGGGCCCGCGGGGGCUUCCAUGAAAUCUGAAGGAAGAGAGGCAGUCUCUUGGCAAACAAAGUAUUUUUAUUCAUUUGUAUUUAUUAAAUGGAAAAAAGAAUCCUAUGGUGUCCUCUUCCUAUGGUGUUUAGUGACUACAUUAAAAAUAAAGUGAUAUAUUUUCCCCCAUUCGGUA